AUGGACGUAAAGUCGGAUUCCAUCGCUUUUUUUGUUGUUGAGAAACUGUCUGCGUUAUCAAUCCCUAAAAAGAAACAUGUUCUUUUUUCUUUUAAACCUGAAAAUCCUCUUGACAGCACAGUAGAAAUAAGGGGUUUCCAGUUUCUUAAGGGAGGCGCUGUUUCCAACUUUAUAAAGCGAAUAGAAACUAUAAACAAAAUAAAGAAUAACCCGCCUUCCGCUGAGCUUAACUCAAAGCUGCACACAUGCGAUAAUAACAAUAAAACGAAUAAAGGUGCGUCUGUGAAGGAAGUUUCUUUUCCCAAAACUUUGAGAUCUAAUUCUGUAUUCUCUAGCCAGUCUGCUUUACAUAACUUAAGCUUCCCAGCGAAACCCAGUUAUCCAAUAACUACAAAAAGGGUCCCUUCGGUUGAUAAUUUGACACUUUCUAAAUCUCUUACCUCGAGCACUUCGCAAGAUUUAACGGUUGGCCGGAACCGUUCUGUGCCUGCGAAGGAGUCUCUUGAGAUCGUGACUGAUCUGGAAAGGAGAAGGCUUAUUAAUCGCCUUAACAUUGAAACAGCCAAGUAUCAAAGAAAGCUGAAAGAGUUGGAACUACAAAAUAGUAAAGUUUUACAAGAAAGAGAUUCUUAUCUAGAGCAACAAAGGAUUGAAAAGGAGUUAGAAAUUCUAAAGCAGACUCAACUUUUGCAAGAGGAGCUUGAAAAACAAAAGAAAUCUUUAGAAGAAACUCAGCGUGUUCAACUCGCGAAGCACCAAGAGCUUAUUGAACUCGCUCGUAAAGAAACUGAGCGUUUAGUAAAGCAGCGGAACGAACUUGAGGAGAAGCUAAAGGAGGAGACUUUUAAGCAUAAACAAGCAUUGGAAGAAGAGAAGUUAAAAUUAACUAUUGCUGCUCAGCAAGUUAAUUCCAGUAAGAUUCUUGAGCCGCAUAAGCAAACAUUGGGAGAGCAAACAUUGGAAGAAGAGGGGGAAAAAAUAAUUAUUGCUGCCCAGCAAGUUAAUUCCAGUAAGAUUCUUGAGUCUAGGACUUUGCUUAAGCCGGUAGAUCACCUGGAAAACGGCGGGGUAACCGUUACUCCCGACUUGUCGUUGAAGUUAUCUCACCCUUCUGCUCCACCUUCCCCGUCAACCUUAGAACAGUCUUAUAAACUUUUUCCAAAGCUUUGUUUUAGCGCUGAAGAUUUGACAGAAGGCUCUAAAAAAUUAAAAAAACAACACGCGACUCUGCUCCCUGCAGAAGGUGUCUCUUUAACCACUUUAAAAGCUGAUGAAAAUCCGUUGGCAGCCAUUCUACACGCUUUAGAUAAAAGAGCCUCUGUUAUGCACGACGAGGAUGGUGAUGUUGACGAUUUUUUAGAUAACUGGGGGUGGUACCUCGGUGCCUGCAAGCAACAUUUUUCGUAA